AACAGCCACUGCUCUUGGUAACCAUCGGAAUUUAUUCCGUCUGCUACGAGAAAUGGGCAGCGGGAGACGUGGUAUUAGCGUGACUAUAUGCGAUAAUGUUUUAACUCUCCGUUUCUCUACUGUGUGUGGGAUGCCCUCACAGAGCAUCUGAGGCGCCAUUACUUAGAAUGAGCUACCCACCUGAAACGUCACGUUCGUGUCAUGAAGCAGAUGGCCGCAGCGAUCGCAGUGGUGGGAGCGGUGGGGCAGCUGGCAGCAGCAGCGGCGGCGUCUAUGGGACAUUGUGUGGCACCUGCGUCGGCGGCACCAAGGUUCCCGCGUACACCUCCACCUCCUAUGAUGUUUGUAACGAUCCUAUCACCUCCAGUCAUCACAAUCGUAUUGUUUCAAAUUGGAAGAAGUGGUCUCUUGGAUUGGACUACCUUCUGCAAGAUAGCGACGGUGUGGCCUUGUUCAAAUCUUAUUUGCAGUAUGAGGGAUGUUCCAAUCUGCUCGAUUUUUGGUUUGCCUGCCAAGGGUUCAGGAGCAAAGUGGAUUCGUCCGAUCACCGAAAGAUAACGCAGCUGAUCAAAGCCAUUUAUCGUACCUAUAUCCGUGGGUCGACUUGUAAUACUACCAUUGGGUUAUCGACGAUGCUGACAGAAUCCCCUGUCUUGAUGCAACCGCGGGCGGAACCGAUACGGUUGAGAGCUGAAACUCGAAAGAUGAUCGCUGAGCGGAUUGCUAGAAAAUACGCCCUUGAUCAGACCGUCUUUGACCCCGCACAAGCUGAGGUAGAGCAUUUCCUCCGAACAACAGCUUAUCCAGCGUUCUUGAAGUCUGAUGUUUAUGUUGACUUUUUGCAAGCCACUUUGGAGGGCACGAAUCGAGGGCUUCACCCCUCAAGGCUUGGAUGCACAGAGCCCCAACCAAUGAAUGCAAUCCUUGGUAUUCCUGAUUAUUCUGGUAACUUUCCGCUAGGUGGGAAUAUUCUUCCUACUUUGGAAGAAGACAAGGAGCUGAAAUCAGAGGAGUUUUCAAGUCGUGCGAAUCCUUUAGGUAUUGGUACUCCAGGUGCUUACAAUUCGGACCCGAAUCGAGUACCCAGUUUUCCUUCAUCUCAACGAGCAUAUCCGCUCAAUUGCCCCCAUUGUUCGCAGUACCACUUUCAGGGUCAUCAACUCACGUGUCCAUCAUCUGAUGGAUGCAACCAACAGACCAAUUAUCCCCCACCUCGCAUCAGUUCCUAUGGAUUCAGACCUACAUUAGGCAUCAUGCCUUCCAAUGCUCCCGCCCCCUUGACGAUGGAAAAUUUACAAAUGACUCGACUUUAUCGGACUGAGCUGUCUCUACAGCAAUCGUUUCCAUAUACUCCUAUGACAUCAGGCGAUCCUACAUCGAUCCUGAACCCACGACCCCAACUCACGGAGGGUUAUUUGGUGGGUUCACGGGGAUACCCUUAUAUUCGGAACUGUGAGCCUAAGACCGGAGGACCGCGUCCUCACAUGAACUACGUAUACACCCAGUGGGUCGACGCUAUUCGCCCAACGCUCGCACAUUCGGCUGAUCACAUGCUGGCUACUCGCAUUCCCACGCAACCACCGAAUCCUUAUCACAUCUCCUACGCGCCUGCUUCUGCCAGAGAUUCCGAGCACCACAGUCUUUCCAGCGAGGCUCGCACGGAUGACACGCAUUCACACACGGAUAGUAGCCAGUACGUAUUUCCUUUCAGCACUUUACAGACCGCUAUGUGGUGUUGA